CUCGCACGAAUGCUGAGAAUGCAUUGGAAAUUUACGUUUUAUGAUCUAUAAAUAGAGUUCAGUCAUAUGACGGGAAUACCAUGUAGUCCCGGUUCAGCUAGACAUUCUCGUUACCCGUGCAUGUUGGUGGCUCGUUGCCCAUUCACCACGAGGGCGUUGACCGGGACAGCAGUGUAGACGUAGACAUAGGGUUGGAGUGACUGUCACAGUGAAUAAUUCAAUAUGGCCGCCAUGACAGAUUAUUACCCUGUACGUCUGCCGUCAGAUGUUGGAAAACUUGGCGAGGAAACGCCGAUUCUCACCAGGGCGUAUUCCGAGUCCUUCCAAACUGGAUCCUUUCUUCCAAUACUGAAGCAAGAACUUCGUUACAAAAUCCAGAGCAGGCGGAUGGAAAAUGGGCAGCCGGAACUGCAUGUAAAGUUUGAGGGCGAAACGAAACAUCCAUUGACUCGGCUGGAAUUGGAAAAAUUGGAAUCUAGGAAGCGUCACAACCGACACUCGGCCAAGAAAUGCAGGGAGAAAAAGAAGUCUGAAGAAAAAGAAUGUGUACGGGAGCUUGACUAUCUGAGGGCAAAAAACAAAGAACUUUGGGCACAAUUUCAUAAGCAUACACACUGGAAACAAAUUCUAAUCAAGAAACUAUUGAAACAGCUGUUAGGGGGAGGAUCGAACGUAAGCGAGGCAGAAUUCCUAAACCUCCUACCAGAUCUGGUCCAGCUACGACAGGCGGAGAAGGAUUUAUUCGUAAAAAAUAACGUAGAGCGGCCGGAGUUUGUGGGAAAUCAAAACUCAGAAUGGAACUCCGAGGUAGGAAAACCGUCCAUAAAACCGUCCAUACCCCACAACGCCAUGUUACAGCAUAGCCACGUUCUGGACUGGCUGAAACAAUGUGAGGGGGUUCAACCGGAAGUGGGGAUACAACCAGAAGUUGAGUUACAGGCGGAAAGGGAUUUACAGCAUAAAUCUUGUAAAGUAAUGGGGGAAGUCAAUUCACAGCCGGAAGUCCAGUCACAACCGGACAUCUUCGUACAGGAAAACAUGGAAAUACAACCAAACUUUACAGUUUUUCAACAAAUCGCUCCAUUACAAGCGUUACAGCAGACAGGCAUACCGUUUAUACAGGAAGUCGAGAUACAGCAGGACUCUGUGAUACAUGAAGUAGAAAUACAGCUACAACAGGACUCUGUGAAACAGCAAGUAGACUUACAGCAAGACUGUAGAACUCAGGAAGUAGAAUUACAACAGGGACUCGUAGUACAGGAAGUAGAAUUACAACAGGGACUCGUAGUACAGGAAGUAGAAUUACAACAGGGACUCGUAGUACAGGAAGUAGAAUUACAUGUGGACUCACUGUUGCGUGAUUAUACAGAAUUUCCAUACCAACAGACGAACGCUGUGCUACAGGGACUAGAUUUCUUACUGAGUGAUACCACGUAAUGUUACAUACAACACGAUUAAUGUUACGUCACAUCUCCCUUACCUGGUGAUCUUACAAAAUAUGCUGCGUGGACAUGAAUUAGUGGACAAAAUGUGCUGCGUGGACAUGAAUUAGUGGACAAAAUGUGCUGCGUGGACAUGAAUUAGUGGACAAAAUGUCUUAAAAGUCAUAGAUCAAACCAUUCCAAUGUGGCCUGGGGACAUUUACUGGGUAUCCAUGUUACGGUCACGUUCAUAUUAGUGUGAUCAGUAUGUUAAUCCGGAGAAAAGGUCAUUUGAUGGAUAUAUUGUAUUUUUCCCGAAUAAAAGAAAAAAAAUUAA